GACUCUUGGGUCAGUUUUAGUUCAUGAGUUGGGAGAAAACCCUGCAGAGGAGGGCCUCUUUGAUAAAGGACACCAUUCUUCAGUCUUGAGAAAGAGAUCAGCAGCCAUUUUGGAUUGGAUUUCGCAACCUAGAGAUGGAGCAAGCAUGCGAAGAUAUAGACCAAAUGUUCAGCAAUUUGUUGGGAGAAAUGGAUUUGCUGACACAGAGCUUGGAAGUUGAAAUUGGCCCACCUCCACCUGCCAAAACAUCUAAUGAUGAAUUUAAUUUUGUGGUUGGUUUUAAGGAUUUAAAUGAAUCCUUGAAUACACUGGAAGAUACUGAUUUGGAUGCUUUGAUGGCUGAUCUUGUAGCAGACAUCAGUGAAGUAGAAAAGAAGACUACUUCUCAAGAACAAAAGGAUGCUAUUCACUAUCAGCAAGCUGCUGGGACUCAGCCUUCAGCAAAUUAUGCCGCCACUUAUGAUUCUCAGACAUAUGGCACCGUUGAGAAUGACUUGCCACCUCCCCCUGUAGACCUGACCUUUGACCCUCCACUGCCAUCGCCACUCCCACCACCACCUACGAUAUCACUCACACAGGAAGAACAAGAGGCCCAAGCAAAAGCAGAAAAGAUUAAACUGGCAUUAGAAAAACUGAAGGAAGCCAAAGUUAAAAAGCUUGUUGUCAAGGUGCACAUGAAAGAUAACAGCACAAAGUCACUGAUGGUGGAUGAACGGCAAACAGCACGCAACGUCUUGGAUAAUCUCUUUGAAAAAACCUACUGUGACUGCAGGGUGGACUGGUGCCUUUAUGAAAUAUACACAGAGCUACUAAUUGAAAGAUUUUUUGAAGAUCAUGAGAACGUGAUAGACAUCUUAUCAGACUGGACUCGCGACAGUGAAAAUAAGAUCCUGUUUUUGGACAAAAGUGAAAAAUAUGCUGUGUUUAAAAACCCUCAGAAUUUCUACAUGGCAAACAAAGGCAAGAAUGAAAGCAAGGAAUUGAAUGAGAAAAGCAAAGAAGCGUUCCUGGAGGAAAGCUUCUGUGGCACAUCUGUCAUUGUGCCAGAAAUUGAAGGGGCUCUUUAUUUAAAAGAAGAUGGAAAGAAGUCCUGGAAAAGACGUUAUUUUCUUCUGCGAGCUUCUGGAAUUUAUUAUGUACCCAAAGGAAAGACCAAGACGUCACGGGAUUUGGCUUGCUUCAUACAGUUUGAGAACGUCAAUGUCUAUUAUGGUGUCCAAUUCAAAGUGAAAUAUAAGGCACCUACAGAUCACUGCUUUGUCUUAAAGCAUCCUCAGAUACAAAAGGAAUCGCAGUAUAUCAAGUACCUGUGCUGUGAUGACAAGCAGACUCUGCAUCAGUGGGUAACUGGCAUAAGAAUUGCCAAGUAUGGCAAGACAUUGUAUGAUAACUACAAAUGUGCACUGCAGAAAGCUAGUUUAGCAUCUCAGCGAGAAAAGCAGGGGAAUGCUGAACCCAUGACUGCUCCCGGAUCAUCUCCAAAAGGUAGGACUCAUGCAAACGGACAGAUACCCAAAGUCACCGUCCCUGCACCUGCUGAUUCUUCAGAGAGUGAGAAACCUACGGACAUGCCAAAGGCUAAUAAAUCAGGCAGCAUCCGCAACGCCACUCCAGGGCCGCUGCCUGCUGCGCCACAACUGAAGCAACAGCGUAAACCUGUGGUGAAGCAGCCACCCCGCCCUCCUCAAAGAAGAUCUUCUGCCAUUCCAACCUCGUCGCUGAUGUCCGCGAGUCCGGAGAGGCUGAGCACAGCUUUCACAACAGACAUGGCGGAAUUUCCACCACCCCCUGAACUGAUACCCCUGCCCCCUGACCUGGCAGAUUUGCCCCCGCCCCCUCCUGACUUCUAUGAAGCUCCUCCCGAUUUUGUGCCUCCACCACCCCCUUCCUCUACUAAUGGUAAUCCAGACCUACCUCCCCCUCCUCCCCCCUCAGUCUCCGCCCCCGCACUCCCCCCUCCAGUCCGAAAGAAGAUUGUUCCUCCCCCUCCUAGAAGACGAGAAGCCAGCACGGUCCAGGGAGAAGAGAACGAACAAAGUGAACCCCAUCCGACUGGGGAUGCAGCUGGACAAGGAGACUUCAUGUCUGAUUUAAUGAAAGCUUUACAAAAGAAAAGGGGUGAGACAUCAUGAAGCAAACAGGUUUUCAACACUGGGGCAUGGCUUUACUUGAGAGAGAGAUUGUGGAGUGGGUGGUCUGGAGGAAAGAGACUGGAAGGUUUCCUGGAGGUCCAAAGGAAUAAAUCAUCCCAGCACGUCCUGAAGCACUAUCUUUCCCCUGCCCAACAGACUUGAAGUGAGAGUGGUUUCCCAUGCUCCUUGUUCAAUACAGAAGUAAUGCACAACCUGAAGCACAAAAAAGUCCUCCGAACCUGCAGAUUUCAGAAGGGUCGUCCUGGUAGACUGUAGCGACCUGAAGGCAGAAGCGACCUUGUCAUCCUGGUAGGCUGUAGCGACCUUGUUGGCAGAGAUGGCCCAUAUGGCCCCUUCCAACUUUUAUGGUUCUAUGAAGCUUCCUUCACCAUUUCCCCCAAGCCUCUUUUAGUAGAUUAAGCAGUCCACUUUAGCAGUGCAUAAGGCCUUGCCUGGAGGGUGGAUGAGCAAAGCGAUAUGCAGAAACAAGCACGGCUGUUUGAAAGUUGUCCCAGCUGUUAUCUCUGUCUGAAAUGACAGGUCAGGUCUAGCCUCAGCCUGACAAUCUCCGGCAGCUUCUGAGGGCCCCUUGCUGCCUCCUGACAAGUUGCUUCAAUGGGCCUCCAUCACAGCAGCAACAAGGACUGGGCCCCCUUAAUAGAUCAGUCCCACCCAUUGGCCUUACACUGCUCCUACCUCCCCUUCCCCAACUGCUUCUGGAGUGAGGGAGCAGCCUGGGCCAAGCUUCAGCUUCUUGGCUUUAUGGCCAAUCAUGUACUUACCAUUGAGUUAACCUUUCGCAUUCUGUUGAGGGUUUUCCAAGGUGUGUGAUCAUGGUCUGUUGAGGGUUUUCCGAGGUAAUUCAUAGGUUUUGCAGCUAACAUUUCACCUACAUCUAUGGCUGGGACCUUCAGAGGCAUGUCAUGGUAAGAUGUAUUUCUCUCUGGGGCACAGUGUAGAGUGGUUGUGUGGUGGGAAGAGGGAGAGGUGCAUUUGCAUGUGUCCGCAUGGAGUCCAAAACAGAUGCAACUCGCCCCUCUUCCACCUGUGAGGUGGACAAAACACACACUCCACCACACAAUCAUUCCACGCUACGCCACGGAGAGAAACACAUCUUACUAUGACAUGCCUCUGAAGAUGCCAGCCAUAAAUGCAGGCUAAACAUGGGGAGCAAAAACUAACAGACCUCAGCCACACAGCCUGGAAAACCCACAACAGUCAGCUGAUUCUGAUUGUGAAAGCCUUCGCCAAUAUAUAACAACCUGUCAUGGUUGGGAAAGCAAGAGGGAACAACUUGCUGCUGCUACCUGCCUGCCCAACAGAACAAAUGGGCAAGAAACAAAAGUUGACAAGUCACCAUUUGCACAGCAAUUCAUUACCACCCAUAGCCACUCAACUGGCUCUCAGCAGGCAGUAGGAAAAUGUCCUGGUAGCUCCAGCAGAGUUGCUGUGACCUCUGAGAUUACAUAAGAACAUAAGAACUAGCCUGCUGGAUCAGACCAGAGUCCAUCUAGUCCAGCUCUCUGCUACUCGCAGUGGCCCACCAGAUGCCUUUGGGAGCUCACAUGCAGGGUGUGAAAGCAAUGGCCUUCUGCUGCUGCUGCUCCUGAGCACCUGGUCUGCUAAGGCAUUUGCAAUCUGAGAUCAAGGAGGAUCAAGAUUGGUAGCCAUUACAGUCAUACCUCAGUUUUCGUCGCCUUCGGAAAUCGUUGGGUUUUAGGUUUUGCCAAUGGGAUCCAGCCGUUUGUUGCCUUCGGUUUUC